AUGGCGCUGGUGACUGGGAGCUGGGUGCUGGACGGCCUGCUGGUGCUGCUGCCGCUGCUCUACUGGUACACGACGCGCCACUACUCCCUCUGGAGGAAGCUCGGGGUGCCCUACGUGAAGCCGACGCUGGUCGUCGGCAACAUGGGCGGCGUCGUGACGGGCCGCCAGCACAUGGGGGAGCCCAUAUACGAGUGCUACCUGCGGGCAGGGGACCAGCCCUUCAUGGGAAUGUUCGCCUUCGAUCAGCCGCUCCUGAUGGUCAAGAACCCCGAGCUCGUGGGCCGUGUCUUGGCCUCAGAUUUUUCCUCCUUCUACCGGCUGAAUUUUACCAUACCGGAAACUGACGACUCCGUGGGCGGGCGGUCAAUCUUCGCUGUCAACGGUCCAAGGUGGAAGAUGUUACGUAAUGUGUUGACGCCAGGUUUCACUUCCGGCAAGAUGAAGCGCAUGUUCCACCUGGUCGAAGAGUGUGGACAGGAAUUGAUUGAGCACCUGACAGCCGCUACGAAAAAAGACAGCCAUGUGGAUGUGCAGGACCUGACGGUGUGCUACACGACUGACGUGGUUUGUUCGACGUUUCUGGGCGUGAAGGGAGGCGCCCUGCAGGACCCUAAGGCUCCCAUACGGCAGAGCCUAACUAGGAUGCUUCGAGACGACUUGGUGGGCCGUCUGGCCCAGUCUAUGAGCUUCCUGGCGCCCAGGCUGUUCGAGAAACUGAACGUCAACAUCUUCAAUAAGGAACUCGAGGAUUUCCUUUCCAAGACCACUCAAGAGACAAUGGACUACCGCAAGAAAAACGGCGUUGUGCGAGAAGACAGCAUCGACCUGCUGAUGCGCGUCCUUGAGGAGUCGAAGCGCAUGGUGGACGAGACUGGUCAGGAAUUCAAAUUCGACCAGAGGGACAUUGUGGCGCAGGUGCUGACCUUCCUAUCGGCCGGCUUCGAGACCUCCUCCUCGACCAUGAUGUUCACACUGUACGAGCUGGCCCUGAACCAGGAACUGCAGCAGCGCAUCCGCCAGCAAGUGAAGGAGGUGGCCGCCAAGCAUGGCGGCAUCACGUAUGAAGCGGUCGCGGAGAUGACCGACCUCAUAAACACCAUCAACGAGGCCCUCCGCAUGUACCCCGUGGUCAACUUCCUGGACCGGCGCUCGACGCGCGACUACCAGAUCCCCGGCACGUCCGUGGUGCUGCCCAAGGACACCGGGGUGGUGGUCUCGGUGCUGGGCCUGCACUACGACCCCAGGUACUGGCAGCAGCCGCACCGCUUCAUGCCAGACAGGUUCAGCGAGGAGAACUCCAAGGGGCGGCCCAACUACACCUACAUGCCCUUUGGCGACGGGCCCAGGCAGUGCAUCGGGAUGAGGGCGGGUCAGAUGCAGGUGCGUCUCGGCCUAGCGCACAUCCUCAGCAACUUCGUAGUCGGCCCCACGGCGUACACGCCAGUCCCGCUGCCUCUGGACCCCAGGAACUUCAUCCGAAGACCAGAAGGGUCGCUGGUGCUCAGUUUCCAACCUCUGGCGGCACAAUCCACCAAUAUAUACAAGGUGAAUAUCAAUAAAGGGAGGAAAAAAGAUCUUAUGAACAUGGGUCAGGAAGAGGAUGGUACAAUGGACUACCGCAAGAAAAACGGCGUUGUGCGAGAAGACACUAUCGACCUGCUGAUGCGCGUCUGUGAUGAGUCGAAGCGCCGGGUGGACGAGACUGGGCAGGAAUUCACAUUCGACCAGAAAGACGCGGUGGCUCAGGUGCUGACCUUCCUGUCGGCCGGCUUCGAGAUCUCCGACUCGACCAUGAUGUUUACACUGUACGAGCUGGCCCUCAACCAGGAGCUGCAGCAGCGCGGUCGACACCACAUGAGGGAGGUGGCCGCCAAGCAUGGCGGUAUCACGUACGAAGCCGUCGCGGAGAUAACCGAUCUCAACAACACCAUCAACGGGGUCUCCAAACUACGGCCCGCGGGCCGAAACCGCCCCGCGAAGGCUGGCAAACCGACCCGCGUCAGCUGGCCGGUCAUCCCUGGUUUCCGGCCCGCCAAAUAUUUGAGGUGGUGCCUAUACUUCCACAGUUGA